AUGAUGGGCGCCGGCGAGGCUUCGCUCGCCCUGGAAGUGCUCCGCCGAGAUGAGCUCGCUCGCCUGCUGCGGUGGACCCACGCGCAGCUGGCCGUGCUGACGCGGCUCACCUCGUCACUGUACGCCCGUGCCGCCGUCCUGGCGCUGGGCGCCCGCGGCCUCCCGCCGGCGCUCACCGCCUCCGUGCUCGCCUCCGUGUCGCGGCUGGCGGCCGCGGCCGCGGCCGUGCCACCGCCGGCCCUCCUGGGGCUCGCGCUGUCGCGACAGACGGCCCUCUUGCUGAUGGGGCGGGGGCGCGGGGCCAGCCCCGGCUGGGGGACGGGGCGCGGAGCGGCGGGGGCAGGAGGAGCAGCAGCAGCAGGUGCUACAGCAGCAGCAGCAGCAGCAUCAGCGGCAGCAGCGGCAAGCAGCAUCAGCGGCGGCGUUCCGAGCGCCUCCUCUCCGACGAUCAGCUCCGUGACUGCCUGCUGGGCCUGGCCCGGCUGGGUCAGCGGAGCCCGCCGGUGCUGUCGGCGCUGUCCCGGCGUCUGGCGGUGCCGGACGGGGCGCUGGCGGCGCCGCCGGCGCUGGUGGCGGCGGCGGCGGCCUACGGGGGGCGCUGCGGCUGAGCGCGCCGGCGCUGCUGGACGCGGCUGCGUUCCACGUGCUCUACACCGGAGACGGGAUGGCGCUGGAGCAGCUGGCCGAAGUGCUGGUGGCGAUGGGCCGAGUGAGCCAUGUGCCGUCGACCGAGGCGGAGUGGCGUGGCUCCUCUUCCGCAAGGUCGAGUCCCUCCUGGAGCGACGCUGUUGCCACGCUCGCCACAGCACCGGUGGUGGUGGUGGUGCUGGUGGUGCUGGUGGUGCUGGUGGUGGUGGUGGUGGUGCCGUGGCUCUGCUGGCACUGCUGCACGCAGCCACGCUGCUACAACGCUGCCCGGCCAACCACGUGGCACACGUAUUCAGCCCAGUGUUCCUGCAGCAGCUGUGUGAGGAGGAGUCGGGGCUGUCACAGCUGAGCCUGGCACGUCUCACCCAGUUGUUCCUCACCACACGGCUGGAGUGCCCCUUCUAUGAGGGCACGGCGCUGCCGCCGCAGCACCGCGUGCGCUCGCUGUGCCGCGCGAGCCCCGAGGUGGAGAGCCCCGCCCCCGAGGAGCGCCUGCGGCUGCCCCUCCUCGCCGCGCUCGGCCGCCUGCUGGGAGGGCGCUCGCACUACGCCCAGCGACAACUCACGCCCUACGGAUACACGCUGGACGUGGAGGUGAAGCUGGAUGAGGAUGGCUUUGUGCUGCCCAGCUCCCACCGGGAGGACGUGCACACACGGCUGGCGCUGUGCCUGGACGGGCCGCGCCGCUUCUGUGCCAACUCCCGUGUGCUGCUGGGUCGCGACGCCAUCAAGCAGCGCCACCUGAAGCUGCUGGGCUACCACGUGGUGCAGAUCCCGUUCUUCGAGCUGGAGGUGCUGUCCUCCUCGCGACGAGCAUGUCGACUUCCUCCACAAGAAGCUCUUCCCACACUCCUUCCGCCUGCAGUGGUGACUACCCCGCACGGUGGCCGGUCCACGCCGCCGGUGAUUAACCGGGCGGCGUCGGUGGCCCGUCGGCGAACGCCAUGCCCACUCGACCAGAGAAUCGCCGCCGUGUAAUGGUGUCGUCCACGUGUCUGUGACCUUGUGUCUGCGUGUCUGUGACCUUGCGUCCGCGUGUCUGUGACCUUGUGUCUGCGUGUC